AUGAGUCAAACUCGGAUUGUUGGUAAUACAACAGCUACUACAAUUGUUGAUGCCAUGAACUUUUAUGAUGAACCGUACGCUCAAGCUACACUCAAUCUUCAUAUUCCUGUGUAAGUUUGGGGGAUUCUCUCUGUGCUUUCUCUAAUCAUUUGAUCUUUUUCUGAUAUUUUUAAUUACUGACUAAACAACUUGGAUAAAAUAUAUAAAAAUGUAUAAAAAUAAUUGUCAUCAAAAUACCUUUAUUGAGUAAUUAUAGGUUUCUUUUAAGCCCAAAUUCUUUUGCAACCAAAUUUUUCUCAUUCAUUACUUAUUAGUAUCUAACUAGCUGUACUGAAAAUGUUGGUUGUUAAACCUGAAGCUAUCAAAAUUGAAGAAAUUAUCAAAGCUGAAGCUAUCGAAACUGAAGAAGAAGAACUUAUCAUAACUGAUGAAUUUGUCAUAACUAAAGAAAUUGUCAGAAAUCAAGACGAUAUCAAAGAUGAAAUUGUUGAAAAAGUUGACCCAUUUGUUUUGGGUUAUAAGAGUGCUUUUUCGCGUUUUUAUAAUUUAGUGGAUUUGUGAGUUUUGAACUUUAUUUUUUCUGUUUUUAGAGUUGAUAUCAUAAUAUUUUCAAUUUAUUUUUGAGUUUAGGGAAUCCCAGAGGAAGUAAUUUUUGAGAGAAUUUUCUUCUUGUUAUCUUGAAAUUAACCUAGAGUUUGGAAUCUAUUCUAUAAAUAGAACUCUGAAUUUCAGAAGUCUAGGAGGUCUUGAGAAAAGUGAUAGAAGAUUCGGUUCUGAUUGCAAAAGAUUUUCCAAAGUAGUUUCUAGAGUCAUUUUUCAAAAAUAAAUAAAUUUUGUAUAAAAUCCUAGUGAUUUCCAACCCGUAAGUGGGUAUUUUCUUGUUUUACCACAACUCCGGGCUCGCUAGGAAAUCCUGAAAUCUUAAAAAUUUUGAAAAAAAAAACCCGGAAGUUUUUCUAGAAAAAAAAAACAAUCCCCCUUAAAUUUUCGAACACCCAGGGUGGUCUUAACAAUUCCAAAAAUCUCCCAAAAAAGGCGCCGCCAAAUGCGAAACAAAAAAUCUGCACAUUCAACGAAAAGAUAUGCCGUCCCAAAUUCCCACAGCUGUAUGGGUUGUACCAUUUUCUGUGUCCCUCAGGAAGCCGAGCGCCAAAGUGUUUCAGUUUCUUUUUUCCGGGCCUUAUUUUCUGAAUUUUUAUGUUUCAUUCUCUCUCUCAAAAAUCUGUAAAUGAUAUCAUUUGAGACAAAAUUUUGAUAUCGAAAACAACAAAAAAAGUUCAGGUGACAUCUGGGAGUUUGGGAAUUGAGUUCGUCUAGAAAUUUAAUAUAAAUACAUCACUCUUGUUUUCAUAUUUUCAUUUUGAUUCCUAGUAUCAGAGUUUUCUAAAGUGAAAAAACAUGAUAUUCGAUCUUCUUGGAACCGAUGUCUUGAAGUGAGUUGCUAUCAGGAAUUUUGAAUACAUAGUGAUGACGUAGAGCUUCAUCUUUAUUUGUCAUUGUCAGUAAUUGAUGACGUUUUUUUAGAAAUUUAGGAUGAUAUUUUCCAGAACUUGACAAAACAUGAGAAAUAAUUUCGGGAUUUAAAAAAUAGAAAUGAUCAAGAAUUCCAACUCUGAAAAUAUACUGAUUUAAAAACAAGAUUCUGAAAAAUUCAAUAAAAAUAUUGAAUUUUACUUGGGAUUUCAGUUAGAUCGUUUAAAAUUCCCAUAGUCAUUCUGAAACCUGUUCCAAUUUCAGUUUGAUUUUCUGAUUUCAAAUCUGUUUCGAGAGUUGUAUCCCUGUUUCAUAAAGUUUUACUGAAACUCUUCCUGUUUUUUUUUAAUUUUUCAAUUCUCGAUCUUUUAAGAAACAAUUGAAAUCAUUACUAACUCUUAAUAUGUUUCAAAACUCUGAUCACAACUCGAUCUAUCAAAUUCUAGAUCUUUAAGAAAUUCCAAGAUGUUCAAUUUUUAAAAAUUCACAUUCCCUAUUUCUCAAUGUUUCUUUCAAAACCCAUUCCAUUCCACCAAACUUCAAACAGGCGCCAACUUGUUGUUGUGUUUCUCCGCCACCAAAAACACCAAAAGCAUCGGUUGGGCAAUAAAUCAUAAAUGUUCCAAAAGAGGCAUUUCUCCAACAAAAGAGAGCAUCUAAUAAAUCUUGAGCUCUUUCCCUCUUUUUGGGAUAUUCUUCUCGUUUUUCCUUAUCUCUUUUCAAAAAUCGCAACAGGCAACGUGUCAUUCUUCUUCGUUUUCUUUUUUUUUCGAGAGAGAGAAAAAAGAGGAGGAUAAGGAGAAGAAGCAGUUACAAAUUUGUGUCAAAAAAUUGGGGUUUGAAAUUUGCAUAUUUUUUGAGACAUCAGUUCAAGACAGCUGCUGAAGUGAAAAGAGAAGAAACUACCAUUUACAUAUGACGAAACGUGUUAGGAAUGAUACAUCGAUCAAGUUACUUGUGACUUUUUGGCAUUUUCAAGUGUCAAGUUUUGGUGGCAGAGUGAACUUUGGUGGUUUAGGGGGUUUAUGAAGCUGAAAAUGAGUUUGCCAAGGUUGAGAUGUUCUGAAAAUAUGUGAAUGUUUUGAAUUGGAUACAGGAGAAGGUGAACCUUGGAUCCUUGGUAGAAGAAAAUCAGUCUAGUAAAUUUAUUAUCUGAAAAAUAUCAGAUAAAAAAAAUUCUCUCAUGAUUUUGAAAAUUUAGAAGAUCUAAUCUGGAAUUCUAGAAAAUAAUCCAACUUUCAUUUCCAAAAUUGAAUGAAUUUCACGGUGUUUUCAGAAUCUAGAGCCAAAAAAGGCUAACCCAACUGUAGAUCAAAAAUUUCCAAAAAUUAUUUUUCCAUUUCAAAUUUGAAAUUUCUCUCCCGUUUUCAGUCUUGUUUUUUCAAGUUUUUGAGAAUUAAAAAACAAUGUAAUUUAUAUAUUUUUGAAAUAUUGUGAAGUUUCUCGAAGUUUUCCCAUAUUCAAAAAUUAUUCAAAGUUCAGCUAACUCUAAUUUUUAAAGCAUAUAAUCAAAAUAUCAAAAAAUUUUGAGCCAGAAAAUGUGUGAUACAUAACUUUUUACUCUAUUCAAUUUUUCCAGAUCCGAAAUUGUUAUGUUUUGUCAUUUAAAGUUCACAUAACUCGGAUUUUUCGAUUAGCAACAUUCAUGUUUUCCACAUUUUUAAUUCUGAUCUACUGAAAAACCCCAUUUUCUGCAUCCCGGAAGUCACCUGAACUCCAAUUUUUCUCAAAAAAUCCUCAUCCCUCACAAUUCUUCCAUUUCAAAAAAAGUAUCCCUCGAACCAAAAAAAAUAGAAUAAAAUUUUUAUCUUCUUCCUCCACUCGCUUCUUCUUCAUUCCAUACUAGUUUAGGCGAGUCGAGUAAUUGAGUGAGUGAGCCAACCAUCUUUCCCACUCUGCACUCUCUCAAUUCUCCAUACUCUCCAAUCCUCCAUUAGAUUACUGUAGGGUGGCUCAAAGAUGAUUGGCUAGAGGGCGGAGCCAGCGAGGGGUGUGGUCAGAAUUUGGGUGCGAGGGGGGUCGACGCGGGUUUGCUUGCGUGUAAUGAGGCCGGUUCCCGAGGGGACGCUGGCUGUGCAAAAAACUAACAACAUGUUCUUCUCCACCGACUCGUCCACAACAAAUACCUUACUCAGGUCUGUGAAAGAUGAAAACCUUCGCGCUGCCGCCGUCGCACAAUGGCCAAACACACUUCUUGAUCCGACAUCAGCGAGGUGAGCACAAAAAUAUGACUGAAAAUUUUUAUGGUUGCGCUGCCGUUUUUUUUAAUGCAUAGAAUAUUAGGUAUGGGAGUUGGCACAACUCCCAGGUCUACUCUAUUUUUUCUUUUGAGCUCAUUCUUUUUUUCAUUUUAGUUCUAGCUUGAGCUUCAUCUUGUUGCUGAAGAUUUUGCCUUUCAGAUUUUUUUUGAUAAUAAAAAUAAGACUGGGCUUUUGGAAAAAAAAUUCUGAAACUAGAAAAAUUGAUUUUUAUAAAAUUAAGCGCACGAGAAGGUUUAGGCUUAAGCUUUUUGAAUUCAGUCCUAAAUUUAAGAUUUAUUCUAAAAUUGAGGCUUACCAUUAAGAUUAAAAUGACAUCAGUAAUUUAUUUUCAGAUACUUUUUUCAACUGAAAAUUUCGAAAUUUUUAAAAUAUUUUGACUGAAUUUUAUUUCAAGAAAAAAUAUAACAUAUUUUUUCAACAAUUUUCUGAAUAGAAUUUUCGAAAUACUUCAAAAAGUAUAUCAAAAAAUUAAUUUGAAUCUUUAUCUUUCCUCAUCCCCAACCCUCGAAAAUUCCAGUUUCUCCAGUGUUCAAAUCUCGCGUGCACAUUUCGAGAAAAAUCCGCCCAACAAUUUGCGAAAAUCCAACUUUUUCCACUUUGUCAUUGCUCUUUAUGACCGUUCAAAUCAACCAAUCGAAGUUGAGCGAACUCAAUUUGCCGGAUUUGUUGAGAAGGAAAAAGAAAUUGAUGGACAAGAAACUCGAAAUGGUAUUCAUUAUCGAUUGAGUCUCGUUUUUCAAAAUGGUAAUUUUUCAUUUAUUUUUAUUUUUUGGAAUCAUUUCAAUUUCCUUCAGGGCUCCGCGCUGAGCAAGAUCUCUACGUCAGAUUAAUCGACAGUGUUUCGAAACAAGUAAGUAUCUUCAAUACCCAAUUCUACAGUAACCCAUCCAUCAUCUUUAUCUGCUUUCUCAAUUUCCUUUUUUUUUCACCAACAAGAAAAAAAUUUUCAGGCAAUUGUAUAUGAGGGACAAGACAAGAAUCCAGAAAUGUGUCGAGUUCUUUUGACGCAUGAAGUUAUGUGUAGCAGAUGUUGCGAGAAGAAAAGUUGCGGUAAUCGCAAUGAGACACCGAGUGAUCCGGUGAUUAUUGAUCGGUGAGUAGAGAACACAAAAUUGGAUAGAAAAUGAAUGUGGGAGAGUUGAAAUAUGAAAUUUGAAAUUGUAGACAUUUUGAAACCGAACAAGCUUAGGUUAUGGUAAAAAAGGCAUUUUUAGAGAUGAAGUUCUAUUUUUGUGUGGGUGUAUUCAAUAAUUGGAACACUUUAAAGGCGAAAAAACUUGCCCCAGCUGAAAUUCUGAAAGUUUUUUGUGUCCAAACAAAUUCAUUUUUUUAAAACAAUUUUGAAUAUUGAGAUUUGAAAUCAAAACUAGAAUUUGACAAGAAAUCGGAAUAUUUUUUCCAAAAAAAAUUAUCAGAAUUGAAAAAUAUCAGAUCUGAAUAUUUUCUGGUAUUUAAAAUUAUCAAAAAAGUUUCAAUUUCAAAUGGCUUUUAAAUUCUAGAAAAAAUCGAUAUUCCAAAUUCAGUUUCCGUUGCUAUCCCAAAUCCCAUUCUUCUCCCAAAUUUUGUCCAAAAACGUCUCCCAUUCUCCUCAAGAAAAAAAAAUAAUAAAAAACACAUAAAAAUGUUUCCAUCUGCUCAUUGCGCCACCUUUUACUAAAUUAAUUCACUCCUCAAAAAAACAUAUCAUUUUUCCUCAAUUUUUCCUCCACCAAUGAAAGAAAAAAAGUUGCGCCAAAUGUGCAUAGAGAAUAAUUGACACCAAAAAGAUGGUGUAAUUGCUACUUGUAAAAUGCAUGUGUAUUAUGAGAUGAUCCUUUUAAAGAGACACUUGGAUGGGGAACUAAAUUGGAUUAUUGUUAUAAUAAUUAGGACCACCCGGAGAAAACGGGCCAUGAAACUUAAAAAAAACAAUAUUUUCAGAUUCUUCUUGAAAUUCUUCUUGAAAUGCAAUCAAAAUUGCUUGAAAAAUGCUGGAAAUCCAAGAGAUAUGAGAAGAUUCCAAGUGAGUUUUUUUUUUUUGAAAAUCGGGAUCACUGACCCAGAAAAAUCAAAUCUUGAGGAAAACUGACAAGUUAACAGGUGGCAAAAUAUUUUCUUUUGUUUUUUUUAUGAAAAGGAAAGGACCACCCGGUUUUUGUGUAUCAAUCAAGAACUGUAGAUUAAGGGAAAGAGUGCCGACAAGAAUAGGGAGCUGUAAAUUUGAGGCACACAGUUGGAUAUCAUCUGUUGUUUGGUUAUGUGGGGAUGAAAUGAAUGGCAAAAUGGGCUAUUUAGCAAUCUGUUGGUCCCAUGGGUGAUUUUAAUUAGUGACAAAAAGACCGGGGAGAAAUGAACAAUUAGAUAAGGGUUUUGGGAAGAAAGAGUUAGAGAACAAUAUUUUGAAUUUUUUAGCUGGAGUACUGUAGCUCACAGAUAACCUUUUUAGCUGAAGUACUGUAGCUUAAAACAAAGAAUUUAGAUAUAUCUCCUUUAACAAAAUUUAAAAAUGAAAAAUUCUGAAAAAAAAACAUUUUCUUGAAAAAAAUUCCAAAAAUUUUUGAAGUUGUUUACCUUCAAAAUUUCCAGUUUUUUUCAAAAUGUUUUCCAAAUCCACAAUUCAAAAAAUUUCCAGGUUGUGUUGAGCUCUUCGGCUCGAAUCGAUGGUCCACUCUUGGCAGUUUCAGACAAUAUGUUCGUCCACAAUAAUUCCAAGCACGGAAGACGUAUCAAGCGUCCAGACGCAAGUGAUGGUAGGUGUUUUUGACUAACCGACAUUUUCCGGGUUUCUAAUUUCAUCACAACUCGGAUAUUUUCCACAUACAUAUAUCCAAGUAAGUGCAUAAUUCGAUUAUAAAUUCAUUGUGCACUACUUUUUCUACUCACUUAUUAUCUCUUUCCUUGUGUUGUGCAUUUUUCUCUAAUCCUCUCACACUCUCAUCUAUUUCACUUAAUUUUCAUUUUCCAAGAAGGUGUUUGUGUCCAGAGAGAAGAAAACAAUAAAAAUGUUUUGUGCGCGAAAAAAAGGGAAACGACUAAGAAGUUAGAUUAGAGAAAAAAUGAAGAGCAGAAAAGGGACUUGGAAUUAGCUGAACUUAUUUUAAUUAUCAUACUACAUACAUAUAAAAAUGGUCCCUUUUUUGGUCUGUAUGUAUGUUGGUUGAUUGAUAAGAAAAAGUUGCAAUUUGUUGAUUUUUGAUUUGUCUUGUGAUAUUUUUUUGAUUGAUGGAAAAUUGAAAUUGUCUGGAAAAGGAAAAAGAAGUGUUGGAUUUCGAUGAAAAGAUUUUUUUCUGGAUUAUUUGGUCAAAGAUGAUGGUUUUGAUGGAUUUGCGGGAAUUUGAUCAUUGAGAUUUUUUAUCAGGAAUUUUUUUAAGCUUUGAGAAAUUCACAGAAAUUUCUUCUGAAAAUUUUUUAGAAGCUCUUUCAUUUAAUAAAAACCUCUAGUUUCUAAAUCCUAGAACUCAAAUCUGAAAAAUUAAAAUUUCUAUAUGGGAAACUUCAGUAGAGUUUUUAAAUUCAAGAUUUCAGAAAUCAAAAAAAUAUGUUUCGAUAGUAGAUAAAAGUUCAAAUGAUCAAUCCCUUAGAAUUUUGUAUUUCCAAAAUUUUAAAAAAUUCCUUUCAUCUCUCUGAAAAUAGGUUCCAAAUCUCAAAAUUUCCCCAUUCUUCUCUCUAGCCAACAAAAAAUCCAUCUGAUUACCAUAAAAAUAUAUAUCUCUAUCUAUCAAAAGAUACAGGAGGACAGCUGCAUCAAAAAAUUUCAUUGUUGCCAUUUACCCAUCUAAUUAUAAAACACACAUAAUAAUUUACACCCGUUCACACCCUCUCCUUCACACCAAUAAAAAUGCACCGGUUUCCGGCUGCCUUCAGCUGCCACAAUGACAAAAAGUCAUAACUGACGAUUAGAAUAAUAAUAAUUGUAAUCGAGAAGAAGAAGAAGACAUCAAUAAAAACGUCAGUGUAUGCAAAUUUUUUUUUUGGAAUUUUGAGAGGGAGUGAAAUGAGUGGUGACAAAUUUAUAAUAUGAGGAAUAUAGAGAUAAAUCUUUAGAUUAGCAUCAGUCAUCUGUUUGGUUGACAGAAAUGUUUUGAGGGAAAAACAUGACACAUUUGGACAUUUUUUUCGAGAUUUUGAGAAGAAAAAGGGGUGUAGAAAUUCUGAAAAACUAGAAAUAAUAUCCUAUUUUUUUCCAGAAGCCGAAUUCUCUGAAUCACAAGAAAUGUCGACCACCUCAGUCCCAACCAUCAAAGCCCUAUGUCCAUCCGAAGGUUGGGUUCAAGGUGGAGCACAAGUCGUGGUGGUUGGUGAGAAUUUUUUCGAGGGUCUUCAAGUUCAAUUUGGUGCCGUCACCAUUUGGCCAGAUGCUGUGCAAGUCAUUUCGCCACAUGCUAUGCGGGUGACUACACCGGCGAGACAUGGCGCGGGGAUGGUGGAUGUUACACUGCAAUUCAAGUCAAAGACUUUCAGAGGACCACCUUUCAGAUUUACUUAUAUUUGUGAGUUUGAUUUUAGUAAUUAUUUUUUUGAUAAACUAUAGUCUAGUCUUUCAGUUUGAAUACGGUGUAUGUUUUUGAGCUAUUGUUCAUUUUGUGAAAUUAUAGUACUUCCCAAUAAACUAAAGUCUAGUUCAACUUUUUCAUUGAACUAUAGUGUAGUUUUUCGAUUUUCCUAUCAAGUUUCGUGAUAUUUCUGAAAACCAGAGUCUAGCUUUACCAUAAACUAUAGUUUAGUUUUACCACCAUCUAACAAACUAUUGUCUAGUUUUACCACCUUCCUAUAGUCUAGUUUCAAAUUUUUCAGCAUUGACCGAGCCAAGCAUCGAUUUCGGAUUUGCGAGACUCCAAAAACUUCUCCCCAAAUAUCCUGGAGACCCCGAACGUCUACCAAAAGAUCAAAUUUUGAAAAGAGCAGCAGAAUUGGCUGAAGCUCUUUACAAUCGGUAAGAAAACCUCAGAUUUUAUCGCAAAAAUCCAAUCGAUAAUAUUUAGAUCACCUUCCGAUCAACUCACACACUAUGCCAACGCAUAUUCGGCACAAUUCGAAUCGGCUAGUGAUUACAGUGCUCGGAGCCACACCUCACCAAGAAACGCACUUCCAUACGGAGCUGCGCAAAACUCAUUGGCUAGUGCGGUUUAUCCGACAUAUCCAACAGUUACCGCAAGUCCGGCUACGAAUUUUUUGAACGCACAAACAGGUGAGUGAAAAAGAGAAGAGAGUAGAGAUAUCUUGAGAAUUGUGAGCGUUUUCUUUCGGCCUGCUUACAUGGAAUGGUUCCCAAAAUUACCCCUGGAAAAAAGGUGUUACUAUGCGGAAGUUGUAGGUCCUGGUGGGUUAUGAAAAAGCCCAAAGGGAUUUUGUAUACUAAAAUUUCUAACAAAAGUUUCUGGGGGUCGAAAUUUUUGGGACCCAAAAAUGUUUUUUCAACUUCAAAAAAUCGUAACUCGGUUCAAACUCAACUAUUUUGGUCGGCCAAAAUCGCAUUUUGGAGCUAAAAUAAUGACAAAUAACAAAAAAUUAGCCCGGCUAACAUAUAUUUUGAUUUUCGACUCGAAAGUUACCAAAAAUUGAGGUGACCUCGAGAAAAAAUUUUCAAGUUCGGCAUGAUGGGACAAAAAUCAGAAAGUUUAGUGUGAUUUUUCGAACUCCUCGCACAAAGUUACGUAUAUGGACAUAUUAAAAUCAUAUGGUCCCGCAUCUCCGAGAGGCACUUUAUUAUCGAUUUUGUGUUUUUUCUUUCAAAAAAGCGCGUUUUAGCAAGGAGAACUUACUGGCUAAGUGACUAAUGCUUGAGUAUUUGAUCACAAGGUCACAGGUUCGACCCCCAGUGCAAACUUUUUUAUUUUUAUUUUUUAAAAAUAAAAUUAUUUUCUUCUCAGGCAGUAGAAAACUCCAGAGUUUCGCCGAAAUGGAACGAGAAUGUCGCUAAAAAGGCUCCAAACCCGGUUCCGGAUCUUUUCUCGGUACGCUUUGGCGAUUCUCCGGAACUUUUUUGUCGUUUCUCCAGAGUUUUUUUGUUUUUGUCGCCUGCUUUUUUCGAAUACAUUCUAGUCUCGGGAAAAAUACGGCGCCUUUUUUAGCACCGAGGCGACAAAAAUUGUCGAGGAGUUUUGGCCGCCCCGGUGCUAAAAAGGUGCCGAAAUUACGGCACCUUUUUAGCGCCGAGGCGACAUUUUCAUGAAAAAUCCAUUAUUUUACCAUACAAAUGACUCUUGUUCUCUUUUCAUCGAAAUUUUCCGCACUAAAAAUGUAGCAAGCGUGUCCAAGUGGAUAAGAGGAUGGGUUGUCAUUGUUUUGACCCAAGUUCGAUGCCCCCCUUCACGCACCUUUUUUUAUUUUUUUCGUCUCACUGGCGCACCAUUUUAGCGCCGGUGCGUCUCUUCGCGCGCCGUUUUAGCGCCGGUGCGUUCUCUCUGCGCACCUGUUUAGCGCCGAGGCGAGAGCACUUCCCGCCUUGGCGCCCCAGAAUGUCGCCUUAGCGCCCCAGGAUGUCGCCUUGGUGCCGUAUUUUUCCCGAGGUCUUUCACUCUCAAAAAUCAAUAUUUAUUUUCAACAAACAGGAAAAAUUAGUUAUUUUCUGAUUGUUUCAAUCUCCAAGCGAGUAGAAUAUAAGCAUCAGAAGAUUCCUUUGGCAUUCUAAUGAAGAUUUGGUGUUGACUUCGGCAAUUUUUUGACAAGAACUUCUGUUUCUUAUCAUUUUGAGCCAACGAGAAGAGAUGCAGCACUGUGUGGAGACGCCAUAAGCGCAUUUCAUGCUGAAAAUUGAGAAAGGAUAAUAGAUUUAUAAGGAUGAUUCUCCAAGAGUAUUAUUAAUCGUCAUUUCUCACUUUGAAAUUGUGAACGACCUUUUUGAGAUAGGAUGUGAUCAUGGUCAUAAACUUGAAAUUUGGAAACUAUCAAAGCUCAAAAACUCGAAGAACAAACGUUCAUCGAUUUUCUUUUCAUGACUCACCUCAUAAAUAGAAUACAUCUUGUGAUUCACGAUUUUGGAAAUAUUGCAAUGCGAUCCUCCAGAAAUGAAAAUUGAGCGAGCCUCUGCUUUCGAAUUCUCCUAGCACGAGGAUUCAAUUGAAUCUAUAAAUAAAACUAGUAUUCACUUCUGUCGAAGAAACUUCACUCACCAGGAGCAAAAAUUGCUAAUUGUAUUCCAAGUUCAGGUUGACUUUUAUCCAUGACGAUUUCGUAGGACGCACAUUGCUUCUAGGCGAUUUCAAUUGUCUGAAAAUUAUCAAAUUAGGCAAAGACACUCUGAAAACUGAGCAUUUUUGAAGGAACAGCAAAAAUUAGAAAAACGAAAAAAAAUGAAAUGAAAAAAAUGACUCGUCAUUGUCAUCAUUCGAUGGAGCGCGUUCGAUCGACAGCGAUUUGCUCCGGAGAAUCGCCAAAAUCAAACUAGAAAGGCGUGCCAAACUAUAAAAAACAGGCGCUUUCUCGAUUUUCUGUACCCACUUUGGCCUAUCUCCGGAGUUUUUGCGUUUUCUGGUUCCCCUCCGGAGUUUUCUACUGCCUGAGUUCUUUAAACUUAUGUUAGGGUCUAAAAACAACACGAACAACAUUUGUUCGAGAUAGUUAUCCCUCUCCAUCGUUUUGCAUAAUCAAAAUCAAAAAUCGAAACUGUAUUUCAAAAAUUUUGAAAAAAAGGCAUGAACUUUUAUUUUCAGCGAGUUUGAUUAACUAGUGUAGUGAGUAAAACAGCUGUAAAUGAUCGCAAGAUAAGAAGUUCAAACAUCAUCGUUGAAUUUGUCUCACAAUUUGUUUUCUUCUAAAAUUAUGAUGAAGUUCAAACUGCCUUCAAAAUAUUUGGGCGUUUUAAACAAUUCACCAAUUAAUCCAUUCCUUUUUUACAAUUUGUGAAAUACAGCUUCAAUUUUUGAUUAUGCUAAACGGUGGACUUGCCUUUGGGAAGUUACUUGGAGCAACUAUCUCGAACAAAUGUUGUUCGUGUUGUUUUUAGACCCUAACAUAAGUUUAAAGAAGAAAAUAAUUUUAUUUUUAAAAAAUACAAAUAAAAAGUUUGCACUGGGGGUCGAACCUGUGACCUUGUGAUCAAAUACUCGAGCAUUAGUCACUUAACCAGUAAGUUCACCUUGCUAAAACGCGCUUUUUUGAAAGAAAAAACACAAAAUCGAUAAUAAAGUGCCUCUCGGAGAUUCGGGACCAUAUGAUUUUAAUAUGUCCAUAUACGUAACUUUGUGCGAGGAGUUCGAAAAACCACACUAGACUUUCUGAUUUUUGCCCCAUCAUGCCGAACUUGAAAAUUUUUUCUCGAGGUCACCUCAAUUUUUGGUAACUUUCGAGUCGAAAAUCAAAAUAUAUGUUAGCCGGGCUAAUUUUUUAUUAUUUGUCAUUAUUUUAGCUCCAAAAUGCGUUUUUGGCCGACCUAAAUAGUUGAGUUUGAACCGAGUUACGAUUUUUUGAAGUUAAAAAAAUAUUUUUGGGUCCCAAAAAUUUCGACCCCCAGAAACUUUUGUUAGAAAUUUUAGUAUACAAAAUCCCUUUGGGCUUUUUCAUAACCCACCAGGACCUACAACUUCCGCAUAGUAACACCUUUUUUCCAGGGGUAAUUUUGGGAACCAUUCCAUGUUAGUAUAGUGGUUAGUACUCCACGUUGUGGCCGUGGCGACGCUGGUUCGAUUCCAGCAGCAGGCAACUUUUUUUUUGGUUUUUUUUUGAGGAAGAAAGAAAUCUAUAUUUUUAAACUCCUGCAGUUAAAUUUCAUCAAAAAAAUUUUCCAGUUCCAGGAUUUGCCUCAUUUGGGUCGGUGAACCCAUUCACCGCAACAUUGCAAUCAUCAACACGUCUCACCUAA